AUGGCUUCUUCACGAUUCGGAGAAAGCCGUCCAAAUGGCAACUUCCACCACAACGACGCCAACCCCGACCUAGACAAAGACUACGAAUUGCUGAUGGGAUACCCCAAUAAAGUCGAUUACUACAGCCUCCUCGGACUCUCGCGUAACCCUCCUCCGACAGACAGCCAGCUGCAAACCGCAUACCAUAACCUGUCCCUCAGUCUACAUCCAGACAAGCAGCCCGCGCAUCUGGUCGAGUCGGCCAACGCGCAAUUCAGACUCGUGCAAGAAGCGUAUAUGAUUCUGAGUGACCCGAAGAAGCGGAUUGUCUAUGACUUGGAAGGUGAGGAAGGAGUGCAGCGUGAAUGGGGUGCGAGCGGACCUAUGGCAGCGAUGAUGGAAACUGAAGAUGCGGCUUUGGGGCAAGUUGGCCCGAGGGCAAUGUCGCCGGCUGAGUUUCGGAGGUGGUUUAUCGCGAGAAUGAAGGCGAAGGAGAGGACGGCUUUGAAUAGGUUGGUGGGCGCUAAGGCAUCAAUGUCUAUUACCAUCGACGCAUCUUCGUUAAUCUCGCCCGGUGAGGAGGAAGGUGAAUUGGAACUCAAUUUUCCACCGCCAAAGCUGCGUACGAGUCGUUUUGUCCUCGGAUACAGUUUCAAGACGGCUUUGCCGGAUUUCGCGAGUGCUUGGACAUGGGUUUCUGGACGGCGUACGGAUACGGAAGAAGAAACUUCACAGGAGAAUGGGGAGAUAGAAGAACAGUCCGAAACUUCACCCGAGGUGACCUUUCACGCAAGUGUCAGCGGUGCCGUACGACAAAGCAAACAAGCAUUCAGGGUACCAGCUCUGGAUGGGAGGACGGAAGUCAUCAAGAUUGACGGUUCGCCUUUCCUAGGCGCCGCUAUGUUCAACCUGGGCGCCACUGUCAAUCACCAAUUCACAACUACUGAAUUGCAGACAAGUCCUCAAUCCACGUUUGGUGUACGAUCUCUGCUCGAGGGGGCAACAGUUGGUGGAACCAUGACUAUUCUACCGGCUCSGGCAUUAGCCUUGCAUAUCGAGAAACAAGUAUAUCCUUUUCCAAACAGCAAGCCAUUCACAUUACUCGUCAAGAGUACUAUACCCAACAAUGUCAACAACUUCAUGCCUAAUAUAACGACGUCAAUCGUGAGGCAGUUUGGAACCCGGAAAUUCGGCACCUUGGCAUACUCAACUGGAUCACAACUAACGUGGCCAUCGUUUAUGAGAGGAAUAUUAUCGCCGUUCAUGAGGAUGUCGCUUGAUCCAAGACUGGAACCUAUGCUAGUCAACGAUGGCUCGCUGCAACUUCAAUAUACCUCACUAUCAGGCCCUACUGCCGAAGAAGUAGCCAAUGACCCCGAUCUUGCGAAGUCCACGGACAAUGAGGUAUGGCAGUGGGGUCUUGCUGCAACCCCAGCUGGAGGCCAAUUGAGUCUCACUUAUGGACGCACUUUGUUCGCGGAUAGGCUCGAGGAUAUUCCACGCUCAGAGUGGAAUCUAGAUGGAUAUCAUCCAGCAAUUCCUUUACCAGACCGUCGCGGUGUACGGGUUGAGGUUGAGGCAGCCGUCGGUCUAGACGGGGACAUGGCAUGGGGCGUGACAGCUUCUCGCAGAGUUAGCGAUUUCACAAGUAUGGGAUUUGGCGUCAGUCUUCGUGAUGCGCGUGGGUUAGUAUUGGCACUUUCAUGGCGCCGUCUGGGACAAUCCAUCAGAGUACCAAUAAUGAUCUGCCCGCUCGAUCUUGCAGAUGCUGAAAUAUCUGCUAUGGCCGUUAUUGUUCCCUGGCUUACCUAUAUCGGCGUCGAGUUUGGCUUCAUUCGCCCACGAGAAAGACGCCGUCGCCGCGAAGCCAUCAUUCGCAAACGAAAACAACUCAAAUCCCAGCUUUCGGCACGCAAGAAAGAAAGUGCGCAGCAGAUUGAGCUGAUGAGCGACUUGACGAAGCGACGACAAGCACGCGAGAAUGAUAAAGGUGGACUAGUCAUCGAGAAAGCCGAAUACGGUUAUCUACCACCUAAAAAUGCGAAGCGUGCUGAGUCUGAGGUCAUUGAUGUGACAAUCCCUGUAGCCGCGCAAGUUGAUAAGAGUCAACUGUUCAUAUCGAAGAAUACCAUACGAUUCCAAAUUAUAGGCUUCUACGACCCGGCCCCUCUACUUCCCAAAACAUUGAAAGUAUGGUAUACCUUCCGCGGCCAGCGUCAUUACGCCGAAGCCAGAGAUGGAGAAGAUCUGGCCUGUCCGCGAAGAGAACACAUGCUCAUCCCUGAAGAUUUGUGA